AUGACUGCAUCUAUCAUUGCGACUUGCAAGCAGACUCGGUUUCAUCUACUCGGUGAUAGACCCUCACAGGAGAUCGAUGUCGAAGGACUCACCAUCGCAGUUUCGUCUGCACGAGAGACGACCGAUGACCCCGCGAGGUUCAAACCCAAAGGGAAAGCAAAAUCGAGGGCCGAUGCAAGAGAGCUUAUUACAGAUGGACACUUGCGCCUCAAGGCAGGUGUGCACUAUGGAUUGAUCGGCCGGAACGGGACCGGAAAGUCAACAUUGCUCCGAUCGAUGGCUGAUAAGCUUGUACCGGGCAUUCCGCAUCCCACUCGCAUAGCUAUCCUACAACAGACCGAUUCCUCGGCCCAGGAAAGCCUUGAGAGCGGUGACGAGGACGGUCGGAAUAAGACAGUGCUAGCAUAUGUCAUGAGCAGUGAUCGGCACAAGAAUGAUCUCGUUCGAAAGAUCAAUCUGCUUUCCAAAAGCUUCGAAACAGAUGAUCCCUUCCAACCAGUCCAUGCAAUCCGCAGAGUUCGACAUGAUGUGAUUGAAAAGCAAUUGUUUCUGGCUCAGAAGAAUGCGAGUCUUAAGAGUGGAGCUAGAGGACUGCAGGCACGAAAAGAUUUGAGAUCGGUGGAAUCAAAACAUGAGGAAUCGCUCAGAUUAUUAAACGAGCAAAAAGAGUCCAUCGAGGCCGAGGUAAUAAAGCAAGAUACACAGGCAGCGGUUGAAACUCUGCAGGAUUUACAAUCUCAACUUGAAGCCACGAAUUUGGUGGAUACGGAGCAACAUGCUCGCCAGAUAUUGAUAGGCCUAGGAUUCCAAGAGUCGGCAUUCAGCACGCCAUUCCUGACCCUAUCCGGUGGCUGGCGUAUGCGCUGCAUGCUAGCGAGUAUCUUAAUCCAAAACCCCGAUAUCAUGAUCUUGGACGAGCCGACAAACUUCUUGGAUUUGCUGGGGGUGGUAUGGCUAGAAACGUAUCUCCAGCAGAUGCGUGAAAGUUCCCCGACCACCAUGGUUCUCGUCUCCCAUGACAGGGAUUUUGUGAACGCUGUCUGCGAAGAAAUCAUUAUCCUUCGGGACCAAAAGCUGUCUUACUUCAAAGGAAACCUCGCAGCGUACGAGAAAGACUUCGAAGAGCAGAAACUGCAUUGGGGUCGCAUGAAGGAAGCGCAAGAGCGCCAGAUUGCUCACAUGGAAGCAACUAUACGCGACACCAUGAAGAUAGGGAAAAAGACAAACGAUGAUAACAAGCUGCGCAUGGCCAAAUCGCGGCAAAAGAAAGUCGAUGACCGCAUGGGCCUGCAGGUUAACGCCAACGGGGGCCGAUUUAAACUAAAUCGUGACCUCGUCGGCUGGCAUUUGACUUCUAGGGCAGAAAUUGAAGUUCCUACGGAUGAAAAGGGUGUCUGGAUAACUUUACCUGAUGCUACUGAGCUGCGAUUCCCAGGCCCUCUCAUUUCCUCGGAAGGCGUUGUCUUUCGUUAUAAACCACACGACUCUCCUGUAUUGAACGGAAUCGAUAUUGUCAUGCACAUGGGCGAUCGGGUUGGUAUCAUGGGUCUUAAUGGAUGUGGAAAGUCGACACUGGUCCGCCUGCUGACUGGAAACAUGGUUCCAAGCAAAGGGAAGAUCUCGAACCACUCGCGGCUAAAACUAGGCUACUAUGCACAGCAUUCGAUAGAAGACCUCCAGACAGAGUCCCAAGCUGACCCUGGUCUCACGGCAUUGAGCCUGAUACUUAAAGAAGCCAACGGUCAGCUGAAUGAAGGCGAGGUCAGGGGUUUGCUGGCGACCCUCGGACUCCAGGGCAGGAUAGUCUCGGACGUGCCAAUAUCUCGGCUGUCUGGAGGGCAGCUUGUGCGCUUGUCAUUAGCGAGGGUGAUCUGGAACUCACCGCAGCUUCUCAUAUUAGACGAAAUAACCACCCAUUUAGACUUCCACACUGUCACAGCUCUUGCAUCUGCACUGUCCACGUUCAACGGUGCUAUCCUGCUGAUUUCACACGAUCGAUUUCUGGUGCGCUCCGUUAUAGAAGGAAAGCAAGACGCAGAGCAUACGAUGGAUGACCAUUUUGAAGGUGUGGAGGAAGAGGCCGAAGAAGGGCACAGAAGACGACGAGUAGUCUAUGUUUUGACAGCAGGGAAGCUCCAGGAACAGCCGAAAGGGGUGGAGCAGUUUGAACAAAGCCUUGUGAAGAGGGUUCAGAAGAUGAUGCCCACAGUAGGAUAGAGGGGUUGGCAUGGAUCCAAGUACACCACUGGUCGUUGUAUACGAUGCGUUACCUAAUGAAUCAUGCACGGAUGAGUCAUCCGACGGCCUGCUCCGCGGGGAAAGCGGCGAAUGACCGGGCGGGAUUGAUAAGCUUGUGCUGUGUC